AUGCAGCUGGAGGACGAUGGCGCGACAGCGUCGCUGGGCGGUGGUAGUGGUGUGAGUGCACCGGCUACGAUGCCUAUUCGUCUUCGUACGUCGCUGCCUGGAUGCUCGAUUCCCUAUGUGCCAUACAUGGUGCCUGUGACAUGGCGUCGUUCGCAGCUUUCCACGUUGGUCAACAAAGUGUUGGCAGCGGCCCAGGGCAGUGAGACGGAGGGCGAUGCCAAGUACAAAUCGGUACCUUUUGACUUUAUUGUGAAUGGAGAGCUUCUUCGAUGCAGCUUGGAAGAAUACCUGGCGCAGCACGGCGAGAGUGCCGAGUCUGCGUUGGAGCUGGAGUACAUUCGGAGUACGCUCCCGCCAGCCUUUAAAGAUGCCGCACGACAGGACGACUGGGUCUCAUCGAUCGAUGCGAGGCGGCCUGGUGUGGUCCUUACGGCAUCGUACGAUGGACGUACGCGUGUGUAUGAUCUGGAUGCGUUGACGAGCGAGCCUCAAACGUACACGCCAUCGUACGCGACGGAUGUAUCGCUGACCUCCGCACGAUGGCUUCAGCUGGCAGGUGAUGUGCAGACACUGGCGACAGGUAGUAUGGAUGGCACCGUCGCCGUAUGGCGUGUGCCGGCUGUGCCUGGCGCCUCAUCGCCUAUUCCCAUUGUGCAAGCCAUGGAGCUGCGGCACCAUACGUCGCCUGUUUCGACCAUCGAUACGUAUGUGCGUGGCGACCGCGCUGCUGUGCUGAGUGCCGGCUGGGAUGGCACCAUCGCCUUGUGGGAUGUGCCAGCGGACGCGCCCAUCUCGACGUCCAGGGCGCCUGCCGACGAGGGCGCCCCGACAAAGAAGCGACGCGGCGCACGUGGCGCCCAAGCGCCCAGCCAGGCUGAGGCCUCGACGGUACAGCCACCCAUGGCGCCGACCAUGGUGCUGCACCAUGUCGUACCUACGCUCGGUGCGUCGGCGGCCAAGGCCCUGGGCACAGCGCCUACGCCUGGCGCCAAUGCCCGCACGCUGGCCUCGUUUGAUCAGGGCGAUCGUCGUAUUUGGAGUGCAGGCUGGGAUGGCGCUGUCAAGUGCUGGGAUGUGGAAGCAGGUGGUGUGCUGCAAAGCCAGAAGCAGUCAGACAAGGUAGCGCUGGCUCUUGACCCUGUGCGUGGUGCUCACCCAGCCUCGGCACACCCAGAAGUGAUGACGGGACAUAUGGACCACUCGAUUGCGCUCUACGAUUUCCGGGAUGCUGUGACGAAUGCGGCUGUGGCCAUUGCAAAUGCCCAUGCGGCGCCUGUUAGUGCGUUGCGGACACAUCCCACCUCGUCGCACCUUUUUGCCUCGGGGGCGUACGAUGGCCGCAUCAAAGUAUGGGAUGUGCGUUCGCCCAAGCAGGCGCUCUUUGCACUGUCGCAGCCGGUGUCUGUGUCGCGGGCUCGUCCCACAGCCUCUGCGCAAAAGAUUCUGGGCCUCGAUUGGACGCCGGAGGGCGAUCGCCUCGUGGCAGGAGGCGAGGACUGCUGCGUGUCCGUAUACCAAGGCCAAGCGAUCGGCGUAGAACAUGUAUAG